AUGGCUGAUCCAGAGGUGAUAGAGAUCUUUGACGAUGAAGAUGCAGACGACGACACCCAGUACGACCGACGCGCUUUGUUUGAACCGGUUGUACGACGUGUCGUGGACGCACUUGGUGGACGCGAAGAUGGGAGAUACAGGCUCGGAGACGAAGUGACCUCUUGCUUGAAGGACCUGAAAAAGCUUUGGCGCAAGGACGACACCGACGACGAACGUACCAUCGCGCGCAUUCUCUGGGAUACACGCGUUUUGCCCAACGAUCUCGUGCCCAUUCUGCUAGAAACCGCUGGGAAGGGCCUUGUCGAGGAUAAGCGAGCAAUCUAUUGCGCCGACCUUGUUACUGCGAUGACAUGGCCUAUUGAUAUGGCCGAAGAACUGAAGGAGCUCGACGAUGAGUUAGACAGAGGAACGGAUUACACGCAGCUUCUGCUGAGCCAUCUCCACUACAAAGCCGCGUUACUUAGACCGGGAGUCCUACAGGCGAUGCUAGGAAUCCUGCUGCCACCUUUGGCUAAGCCACCCAAGGAGCGCAAGGAAAGAGACGGCCAAAUCGUCAGUGUCGUAUUGCACCUCAUUCGAAACCUAGCUUUCGUCAAGGAUCUUCCUUCCAACUCCCAUCUCAGCUCAGACCAGGCAGAGUUCUCAAAGUUGCAAACCAAACUGGUGUUGAUGUUGCAAGAUACGAACAUCCUAGCGCUGCUGGUGACCAUCGCUGCAAACUCCACGAACGAUCCCAUGUUCACCGACUUGAACGCACUCGUUCUUGAGAUAUUUUAUCUGUUGCUUCGAGGUGUGAAGCCAUCGGCAUUGACGUUGGAUCAGGCUAAGCAACCGAAGGAGAAUCUCCAUCGUCUACUAGCCGCCGAAGCGCAGAAUCGCAAGGCAGUUGCUCGAAUGGCGUCGUCCCGUCAUUCUCGAUUUGGGACUACCAUCGCUGUCAAGCUGAACCCUAACAAGAAGCGACAAGUUGAUGGGGAAGCCGCCGCUCCUCCCGCGGAGCCAUCCACAAGAUCGAUUGUUCUUCACAGGCAACAAGCCUUGACGCACGAUUCGGGCAGUAUCAUGGAUAUGGUGAAGAAACAAAAGUUUCGCAAGGGAAAGACCGUCGACGCCUUAACACGCGAAGAUAACCUCUCCGUGGAAGCAAAGAAUAUAUUGAAGAGCCUGGCAAAAGAUUUCGUAGAGGGGUGUUUCAAUCCUUUUAUCAGGACACUACUGAAAGACAUUCGCUCUGAGCGGGCGAAAAUCAGCGACAAAGAUAACUUACGCCUUAUGGUGAUCUCGAAGUGGUUCCUGGAGUUCUUUGUUGCUCUUCGCACGAAGGAGGGAUCUAGGUGGAACUUUGGGUUGAUCGCUGAAGUCACUGAGAGGGAAUGGAUAGUGUGGGUCUUGAGGCGAAUGAGAGAAGCGCUAGAUGAGAAGCCCAAACUAUGGACUGAGCUCCAAGCCGGUAUUGAAUGCAUGACCCAAAUCCUCAUUCUCGUCGAUGCCAUGGCGUCGUGUAGUGAGACCAUGAAACCGAAAACCCCGAUCAGCACCUCGGACGACCCUUUCGUAGUCAACAGCGAUGACGAUGGUUCAAUGGAGGUCAAAGAGGCUGCCGAACUCCUCCAGCAGCAACUAAUCUAUAAUGGCGAGGUCCUCGAUUUUGCGCUUACCAGUCUCGCAUCAUAUAAGGAUGGCGCACAGUCACUUGGGUAUCUGGACUCGAGCAUUUGCUACAGCUAUACUCUUUUCAAGAUGAUGGAGAAAUGGAGUAAGGGCAAGGAGGCCUAUGUCAGAAAGAAGGUGGGAAAACGGAGAAAGAAGAAGGCCGCUGGAGAUGAAGAGGGCGUUCCUGAAGUCGAAGAAAUCAAAAGCGACAGCGAGGAAGAAGUUGUUCGUGAGACUAUAUUCACCUUCGAGGCCUUCGAGAUGAAACUAGCCAACUCUGAGAUAACACGCACACUUUUAGCGUAUCUCGCUCGAUAUGAUGAUUUCACGUCCUCAGAAGAGAUGAAGAGGAUUGUCGGGCUCAUACACCGACAGGUUGUUUCGACGCUGGGUUUAUUUAGGACGAUUCUGGCGGAACAAAAGACGCUACCUCGAGAGCAGCCAUACAAGGAUCUCGUGAACUUGAUCAACUACAUUCUGCGGCAGUUCUUCAAAGCACUGGAGAAAGAUUCAUUCCUCGCCGUGGAGGCAUGGUUCCCGAUGAAUCGAGGCCACUGGAAAGAGUUCUCCAGUUAUGAGCCAGAGGAGAGUUCUAAAAGACGUCGUGGUGCAACAAAUGCUAGCUCUGACGACGAACCUCCUCCGGAGGUACAGGUCAAGAAAGGCUAUUCGUGGAGCGACGAACUCGGUAUCGCUAUCGCUGCCUUGGUAGAAGAUGGGCAAAAGGACCUGAUUAAUUGGACGAAAGAGAUUCUAACGCUCGUUAUUGCGACCCGUCAGAAGAUCGUCAAGGAAACCGACGCGGAUGACGCCUCGUCCGACGACGACGACGAAGCUAUUAAGCCUCGAUUGGAGGGUCCUUCCAAUGACGCCCUCGCGAAGUUCACUGACUUCAUGGUUCCUUACACAUCGGAUGAGCAAGCAACGGCUGCUACAAAGAACGCUAACUUGAAGCUACUCUUCCGACUCGCCAAAUUUUACAUGGUUGAUGAAGCGGCGGAUGAAAUCCAGUGGUAUAUCCCUGCCGCAAUCACUCCUGACGAACUUCAGCGUACUUUGAAGGUCAUUGAUCAAUUCCUGGAGACGCCGUUCGACCUCAAUGGCGGGAGAGCAAGUCAACUUCUCUCAAAGAAACGCCGCCGCCGUCGGGCAAGGCACACAGAUGAUGUCGAUGAGGAGGGGAACACGAAGAGGAAAGAGCGGAAAAAGAAAGAAAAGGAGAACUUCAAGUCUGCUGAGUUCAUUGUGGACAGUGACGAAGAAUAUGGGGAUAUAGAUGCGUUCUUAGAUAAGGAAAAGGAAAAGCGAGAGGCCGCCGAACGGAAUGCUGCACAAGCUGGCAAGCAACUGGGGACGAUGCGCGCCACAGGGACGAAGAAAAGGCGGAGAAAGGGUGUUGAGAAAGGGAAGAGUAAGAAGAGGAAAGGAAAUCCUGAGGGUGAUGAUAGUGAUGAUGACAACGGAGGAGCGAGGAGUGACGAUGAUAUUGAGGUCGUUGGGUCGUCGCGUUCUAGUCCUGAGCGUGAAGAGCCUGUCAAGCCACGCCCUCGUCCACGGCCUAAGAAAUCUGUUGGCCCACGUAACACUGUCGAUGGAGAUGGGCGCGCUUCUCCUGUCUCCCCAGUAAGCAGUCCCAAACCUUCGGCUGCUGGCACGCGGAGGAAGACAAAAAUAGUCAUUUCAGACGACGAAGAGUAG